GCUGCGGUUGCGAGGAGGGCUGCAGCUGGCGGGUCUCGGGAGCUUGGCGGCCGCACGGUGGGGGUCGUUGCGGUGUAGUUCCGCUCGCAGCAGGGUGAGACUGUUUCUGAGGCAGCUGUUCGUGUUGGUUCCCCCCCUCUCCCUCCUCCCCCGGGGGUGAAGGCGGUUUGUUAGGCGAAAGGCCUGUGUAGCCUGGUGGCUUCUCUGCAGUAGUAGCCAAAACGAUGAGCAUGAGAGCAGUACGAGCUAGAGGGGUGCGCCUGCCCCGGCCAGUGGUGACCCGCAGGCCCCGAGAGCCAGGAGUGGUUUCUUUGCAGUUAGCAACCUCGCGUGGAUUUCUCCUCUGUGAGCUUGUCCAGUCUCGCCUUGACCUUAUGUUAGUUUUCGGUGUAUGCAGCGUCUUGCGGCAGCCCCUCGGUUUUACCGAUUCUGCCCCUUUAAAGUUCUUUUUAGGGGCGGGAAAAAAAAAAAAAAGUUGCUUUUGGUUGGUUAGUUUGUCAUCUGCUCACUUCCUGCAGGUAGCCGGAGACAAGAGAGUUUUUAAAGGGACCGCAGUCAUUCUGAGAGGAACUGAUAGCAUUUCACUCAUUUGGAGCUGCUUGGAAGAUGGUACAAAGCCACCUUGACACAGAAGGUACAGAGAAUGGUAUCACUGAGCAGAAGGACGAAAUAGGCAACUCUGAACAAGGAGAGAAGUUCAAAUAGGAGACUGUUGUCCAGGAUAAUUAGCAAAAUUACUCAAACCAAAGUUAAGAUGGUUAAAACAAGAUGUGGGAUGAUCUGAUAGAAGCGUCUUGGAAAGCUUAAUUGCUAAGCCAGAGCUUAGCCUCAAAGGACAUCUCUGUCCAUGUGACAACACUGGUAUUACUACAACGCUAUAGUCUUUUAGUGGUGGUAUAUGCUCCUGUAAGCGACAUUUUGCCAAUGUGUUUUACUGGCUUAGAGAGGUAGGUUGCACCUGGAUCACUCUAUCAGUAUAGCAUGAGGAGUGCAAAUACCCCUUUUUUCCUAGGUAGCAUCAAAGAACCUGAAAUGGGGACUUUAGUAGUUUAUAUUAAAAAUCGUUGGAGAUAGGUGAAAGAUUUGUAAGCUGUGGCAGUAUUAGUAGAUCUGUGUGUCUGCAGUGGGACAGUGGAGAAAGGUGAAGUACUUAAGGAAACUGAAAAACUGAAACAGUUACUAAAUAGUUCAACUUUCUCAGCAUUAAAAAGCCUGUUUGGAAAGAUAACAUUUGUGCCUUGUGUUCCUGUCUGUAUUAUCAUAGGAAAGAGGAUUUUUCAGCUUUGAGACUGAUUUCAGUGUGUCCUUUAUAGUUUCAGUGAGGAAAUGAAUCGAGGGUUGAUACUACAGUUUGAAAAUCUGGUGCAGUUACGUGUUGCUUGCCGGCAGCUGCGUACUCUCUCCUACAGAAAAGUUUACAGAGCACAAUGGAAGCCUGUGCAAUCAUCUGCACAUCCCGUGUGGUCCGUUCUUCUGUAUCCGCAGUUCUGGCAAAAAGACAAAUUAAUCAGUGUUGCCUUACUGCAAUGCAGACAUCUAGCUACAAAGGAGGGGACAAAAAAGAAGAAAAAGAAGAUACCACUGACAAAAGGUGAAGUGGAGAUAAGGCAGAAGAUGACUGUUGAGGAACUUGCACGAGCUAUGGGUAAAGACAUAGAUCAUAUUUAUGAAGCACUGCUAUACACAGACGUUGAACUUGAUUCACUGGAACCAGAUUCUGUCUUAUAUGAAGACCAUAUCAAGCUGAUUGUUAAAAAAUCAGGAAUGAAGUAUAAAUCAGCAAAACUGAAAGAGGAAAAAGAAAGAGAAAACACGGAUGCUGUGAAAAGGCCUCCUGCAGACCCAGCAGUACUAAUCCCACGGCCCCCAGUUGUUACUAUCUUGGGCCACGUUGAUCAUGGGAAAACAACCUUACUUGACAGUCUACGAAAAACUCAAGUGGCAUCAAUGGAAGCAGGAGGCAUUACGCAACACAUUGGUGCUUUUCUUGUGCAUUUGCCCUCUGGGGAAAAGAUAACUUUUCUUGAUACUCCUGGACAUGCAGCUUUUUCAGCCAUGCGAGCAAGAGGUACCAAUGUUACUGACAUCGUCAUACUGGUUGUAGCAGCAGAAGACGGAGUAAUGCAACAAACUAUAGAAUCCAUUCAACAUGCUAAAAAUGCAGGAGUUCCUCUUAUCGUCGCCAUUAAUAAAUGUGACAAACCUGAAGCUGAUCCUGAAAGAGUAAAGAAGGAAUUGCUGGCUCAUGAUGUGGUCUGUGAAGAGUUUGGAGGUGACGUUCAAGCUGUAAAUAUUUCUGCACUCAAGGGUGAAAACCUGAUGGUUUUAGCAGAAGCAACUGUUGCUUUAGCAGAGAUGUUAGAACUGAAGGCAGAUUCCACAGGUUUGGUAGAGGGGACUGUAAUUGAGUCUCGCAAAGACAAAGGGAAAGGUCCAGUUACCACAGCCAUCAUCCAAAGAGGGACUCUGAGAAGAGGCUGUGUUCUGGUUGCAGGGAAGACCUGGGCAAAAGUGCGUUUCAUGUUUGAUGAGAAUGGCAAAGCUGUAGAUGCAGCCUCUCCAGCCAUCCCAGUGGAAAUCAUGGGCUGGAAGGAAGUCCCUUCAGCGGGAGAUGAAAUCCUUGAAGUAGAAUCUGAGCAAAGGGCGCAUGAAGUUGUGGCUUGGAGAACCUAUGUUGAACAACAGGAGAAGAUGAAAAGGGAGAUGGAAGUUAUUGAAGAAAAGCAAAAGGAACACAGGAUGGAAUAUGAGAAGAAGCAACAGAAGCUAGCCCAUCUGACCUGGAGACAGAGGAAAGCAGUGCUGUACAAGGCCAAUAAGCAUCUAAUGUUUUCAAAGCCUAAAGAGAGAACAGAGAUGGACAAAAACGUGCUAUCAGUAAUUGUUAAAGGUGAUGUGGAUGGAUCUGUUGAAGCUAUUCUGAACAUUCUGGACAGCUAUGAUGCUGAAGAUGAAUGUAAAUUGGAUAUCAUUCAUUUUGGAAUGGGAGAUAUCAGUGAAACUGAUAUAAAUCUUGCUGAAGCAUUUAAUGGUGUUGUAUUUGGAUUCAGUGUGAAAGCCAAUGACAGCAUUAAACAGCUGGCUGCUAAAAAGGGAAUAAAAAUUAAACUUCACAAUAUCAUCUACAAAUUUAUUGAAGACUUGAAAGAUGAGCUAAAUAGCAGACUACCCCCAUUUGUGGUAGAGAACACAAUAGGGGAAGCUUCUGUUCUCAACAUCUUCUCAGUUACAGUAGGAAAAAGCAAAAUUCCAGUAGCUGGAUGCAGAGUACAGAAGGGGCUACUAGACAAAAAAAUGAAAUUUAAGUUAAUCCGUAACGGGGAUGUUAUUUGGAAAGGAUCUUUAUCAUCACUGAGGCAUCAUAAAGACGAUGUCCAGGUAAUAAAAAUGGGUAUGGAUUGUGGAUUGAGUUUGGACAAGCAUAUAGAAUUCAGUAUUGGAGAUGAAAUUAUCUGUUACGAAGAAAAAGAAGUUCAACAGACAACUUCCUGGGAUCCAGGAUUUUAAAAUACAUUUCAAUAGACUAACACCAAACAACAUGUAUUAUUCCUGCCUGGCCUUCAACUCUUAACAUUAAACAAACUUUCAGAGAUGCA